GCUUCUUGGCAUAGCUCCGUAGCUGCACUGCCCCUGGCCGGCUGAUGAGAGUGGCCCACAGCCCUCAGAGCUGCCCCUGCCAGCCCAUCAUCACACACGUGCGUCGGUUCGGGGCAAUGAGGCCGCACUGCACCACGGGACAUGUAGUCCCCUCGCUCUACGCUCCACCUAUCCGUCAUUAAAUGCUGUCCUGAGCUCCGAACAAAGUAGCCUCACUUUUAAACGAGACGUCUGGUCUGUAGUGCGGUCCCUGCUGGUCGCCUUCUGCUUGCGCACAAAACCCCGGCAUCCAUUCCACCUCCCCAGCGAGAACUACAACUCCCAGCGGUCCCUUCGCGCUGAGUGCAGUGGUAGAAGCCCCGGGAACCCGCACGUUCCCCCCCCCCCCCCCCCCCUUACAGUGAACGGAAGUUGAGGAGCUGACACAGGGUCAGGGGUGCACACGACUUGACAGGAAGGGAUGGUGGGGGCAGUAGGGCAGGGUAUGUGGUAAAUAAUGACGAUACCAUAAGUAGCCGUGUGUGACCAGCCGCCUGUUCAACCUGCAAAGAAAUGAUGGAAACCGGGAUGGACUUCCAGAAGCAGACGCCCUCGCCGCCCUCUUAUCUCUCGGGGAACCUGCUUGAGGCUCCUCACAUGGACUUGGAGACGCAGGAACUACUGACUGGUAGCAGCCAUGAAGAGUGCUGCGGUACCGCAAGCACUGGCUCAGUAGACAUUGAUAGUAGAGCGCCCCCGCGUGUUGACAGUUGUCCAGACAUGGACACCAGACCGCCGCUGGAGGUCACAGGCAUGGAGUCACAGCUGGACCCAGCAGGGCAGGGCAGUGCCUUCCACAUGCAGGAGCUUCUCAAUGAGUUGCCUACCAUGACCUGCCCCUCUAAUGGGGAUCACUAUGAAGGGGAGGAACCCCAUAAAUGCCAGCCAUGCCUACUACAUAUUGCCAUGGGGAAAGGGCUUGCGCAACGUCUGCAGCGACUGUCGGAAUCCAGCACGGUACCAGCUGGCGGUAAUGGACUCUUUCUGACAGACAAUGGCAAAGAUGGGAUGUUCACCCUAUUCCAGUGUGAAGAGGGCACAUUAUCACCUGGGGAUGCCAGGACGCCCCUGGCCAGACUGGAGGCUAUAUCUAGCAAUGAGCAGUACUCUGAGGCUGGGGGGCAGGAGGAAGAAGAGUCCUCAUCAUUGUCUUCUGGACUCAGCAGAGAAGACUCUUCAUGUAGCCUGGCAGAUCAAGAGCUUCAGCAGUCCCUGCGUAAUGUCCAGGAGGUGAGAGGAGGCGCUGUUAGUACUUACUGUCAAAACGCUUGGAGAACAGCGCAGCUGGAUGGUGGGGUCCCACAGACAUUACCGGGGUCUGAGGACUAUCCAGCACCUCCGAAAGCCCGGGUCCCUUGUGAAGCAGAGGAUUUACUGGAUGGGGGUUUUGGUGCCAAAUAUCUGGGCUCUACACAGCUGCAGUGUGAGAGACACCAGACCUCUUCCCAGCAACACGUAUGCGGCAGGGCAACUAGAGCAGGGGAUAGGGUUAGGGCACCAGAUGGGGAAUCUCAGCCUAUGACAGAGGUGGAUGUCAUGGUGUCUACACAGCGUGUCAAAGUCCUGACUGCAGACACUCAGGAGGCCCUUAUGGAUCACCACUUGCAGACGAUUUCCUAUACAGCUGACAUUGGUAAUAUAGUGGUAUUCAUGGCACGCUAGGGAAAUCGCCACGCAGAUCAGGACCAACAGUCUUCACACAAGAGGCCACAUAAAAUGCUGUGCCACGUCUUCCAGUCUGUUGAUGUGAGACUCAUUGCCCAGGCUAUUGGACAGGCUUUUGGGUUGGCAUACCAGAACUUCCUUCGCGCUGAAGGUUUGGAACCUGACAGACACGAGAAUACACAGCGUGACAGAACAACUGUUACAAUGCAGACCUUGCCCACUUCAUCCAAGGAGGAGAAUAUCAGGGAGGUUUAUAUCCAGAAAGAGAGAGGAGAAAUGUUGGGUGUGGCUGUCGUGGAGUCAGGGUGGGGAUCCUUACUCCCCACUGUAGUAAUUGCCAAUUUAAUGCAUGCAGGACCAGCAGAACGUAGUGGAGAACUGAGCAUUGGGGAUCACGUGACCAGUGUCAAUGGCACAAGUUAGUUGGUUUCCUUUUCUACCAGCCAGGGAUUAAUCCGGGACCUGAAAGGUCAAUCUGAGGUGGUCCUAAGCAUUGUUCGCUGCCCCCCAGUUGUUACAGCGAUUAUUCAGAGGCCCGACACUACUUACCAGCUAGGCUUCAGUGUAGAAGAUGGAGUGAUCUGUAGCCUUGUACGGGGAGGUAUUGCUGAACGAGGAGGCAUCAGAGUGGGGCAUCGAAUCAUUGAAAUAAAUGGACAAAGUGUGGUGGCCACAGCACAUGAGAAGAUUAUCCAGACACUGUUGGAUGCUACAGGGGAGGUCCAUAUAAAAACCAUGCCAGCCUCCACCUACAGACUGCUCACCGGACAAGAGACCCCAGUAUACCUCUGAGGAACAGCUCCACUUUUAUAUGUACAGACUCUGCUUGUCCUACUGGAAAACCGUUGUCUUCAUAUGUCAAGGAUAUUCUUCUGUCCACAACCAUGUUGUGCCUUUACAUUUAAAGGUGGAUGUCUACCAAGUAGAACUGAAAUCAAAUCUGUACCAGACAUGUUUUUAUUUAGAUAUUAAUAUUUAUACUCAUAUCUUUGCCUGGCUUUUCAGAUCAUCUAUAAUGUGAGCAGAUACCAGUGAAAUAUGUGACUGCUUGCUGCAACUGAAGCCAUCUCCUGUGAACACUGCUAACAGCUUUCAAGUGGUAUUCCCAUCUCCUAAAGUGAUGGCAUAUAGCAUCUUUGUAUGAUGAUUGGGGGGUGCUACUCUGGGACACCUGCCGAUCCUGAAAAUGAAGGGACCGAAGCACUUAUUCAGUGCUGCAAUUCCUUCAGUCUUUCUCUACAUAGCAGUGCUCCUGCCCACCCACUGUGCUGGGUAACUGCAGCAAAGCUUCAUUUAGGUGAAUGGGAGCAGUUGUAGUUCCAUAACUGGGCGGCCAGAGGCACCACAGUAUUCACUGGAUGAUUGGAGGUCAGACACCCACCAAUCAUAAAGUGGUGCCAUCACUUUAUGAAAUAGGAUUGCAUUUAUUAACACAAGCAGUGAUACUGCAGCUUCCAUUUCAGCCUGUACAGGACCAAUAUGCUCAGUACUUAAGCAGUAUGGAGAGGGACUGAAGCAGCACUGGUCACAGUUGGAAAGUUAUUAUACAGCAGCCAUUCAAUGUUUGGUAGAGAUGUCAGUUGUCCUUAGUAUGCAUCCAUCUAUGGAUCUUUUUGAUACUAAGAAGCAAAAGUGUAACCAAUCUGAACAGAGAUGCCACAGCAAUGUUGGGGCUGAUGUUGGUCGUCAGUGUAAAGGAAUUGCGGGGACUUUCCACUGGUUUUUAGCUGCAGGAGUAAUGGGAAGCCUUAUUUAUGGGAAAAGUGCAAUAAGAAAACGGAAGCAUUUCUAGCUGUAACAUUCAGGGUAGGCCUUUCCUGCACUGUUUAUAUUGUCUGACUCAUGUUUGGUACAGGUUACUGGCUACAUACUGUUCUAUUUUUAAUAAAUAUAUUAUAAUUG